AUGCAGGGCGCCGAACUCUCGGAGCGGCUGCCGGAGCCUAUUUUCCAGCUGGUCGAGUCGUUUAAAAAAUUUGUCAGAGAGCAAAAGACAUACCGAGACCAGAGAUUCGAGGUGGAUCCCAUCCAGGAGGUCGGCAGGGCCAUCGAGGAGUUCACCAGCAUGUUCCAGAGGAUCUCGUUUGAGAGCGAUCGUCAUGCCAAAGUGGUCAAUCAGAUAAAAGACGAUACCAUUGUACUGUUGCGCCACGCGGAACGAGCCUACAGCCAACUGAGAUCUCAUCCCACAAACAACCCGUCCAUUCAGCCACAAUCGAGCCAAUAUUUUGCCGAGACGGCCGACCAAUUCGAAGCCAGGAUGAAGGCCUACGGCGACAAAAUCAAAGAGCUCAAAAAUUCGCUCGAUAAUAUUACUAGGACAUGCAAUGUUGACGAUUUAUUCAGAUGGCUGAAGAGGCAACACGAGGCCCUAGCUGAAAUUGCGGCCAAAAUCUACAUCACACAUGAGCGAAUCAUGGAAAAGAAAUCGGAAUUCGACAAGUCUAUUGUUACUUCUAAUAUCGCUUAG